AUGGCCAGCUGGCUACUCUGGCGGUUGCUCUCUCUGAAGCAGCUUGGUAAGCAACUGGUGGUGGCUCUAUCUAGGUAUUGCUGGUGCAGUGAUCGCCUUGUCAAUGACACUCCCAUGCCAAACGCCGUUCGUCUUGAGCAUCUCAUACCUCUUGGAGGUGAAGUGGAAUUCGGUGUGACCUUCUGUCUCACAACGACCAUUUAG